AUGGGAAGAAAGAAGAUCAAGAUUCAAAAGAUUACCGACGAGAGAAACAGACAGGUCACCUUUACAAAGAGAAAGAAUGGACUCAUCAAGAAGGCAAUGGAAUUGGCUGUCCUCUGUGACUCCUCAGUGACCUUGGUCAUUGUAAAUAAUUCUCCAAACGCCAAAGAAAAGUAUUUCCAAUAUGUUAGUUCAGAUUUGGAUCAACCAUUGACCACUAUUCCAGACCUUGGUCCUGAGAUUUCACAAUUCUAUAUGAAUGAAGAUUAUGAUAAAAUCUUUAAUAAAAAAGAUAAAUCUGAUUCUCAUGAUGAUAUGUUUUUGAUGGACGGUCAUUCCAAUCAGGAACAUUCUUCACCGUCAAUGUCACCCACAAAUUCACCAAAAAUAAAUCCACAACCAAUUAGAUCGAAUUCGGUCGGUCAAUAUAAGGCAGCUGCUGCCUCACAUCAUCAUCAUCAUCCAUAUCCAUUGUCACAAAAGAACUAUCAUCAACAACAAACAAACACAGCACCAUUAUUAACACCAAACAGCAACAACAAAUCACAACCACCACAACAAUCAAUAUAUAAAACAUCGCCACAAAUCAUAAGUCAACAACCAUCGCUCGGUAACAACAUUCAACUGUCCAACCAAACCGCCAUUGAACAUUUAGACUCUGAGAAUGACCAUAUCUCACCAAUGGGAUCGCCAAAACCUCAGAAAUACCAACAGGUUCCACAGACUUUUGACUCGGCACAAGCACUCCUCUCACUGACCAAUCCAAGCACCUCCAACUUUGAACUGUCACCAACUUCCUCCAAUUCUACAUCGCCUGCGUCAUCCCCAAGAAUACCAGCCACUUUAGAGUCACCACCAAACAACAACAACAACAACAACAAUAGCAACCACAAUGAACAAUCUAUUUCAACAUCGUCAUCGCCAAUUUCUAAUUUACAACUCUCAUCAGCUGCAUCCAUUCAAACCGCACCAUCCAAUAUUAAGAGAAAAUGUAUAAAUGAAUCAAUUUCCAAUAUACUUAAUCAUAGCGGUGAUAGUAUUUCAUAUAAUAAUCAUAUUAAUAAUAAUAGUAGCAACAACAACAACAACAACAAUAGUAAUAUAAAUAAUAAUAAUAACACUCAAACAUCAGCAUCACCAUCACACAACAACAAUCCAAAUAAUUUUAGACCAAACUCACCAAAAGCUUCACUCACUCUGCCACCUUUGCAGACAGAUUUUUCCCUUGAAAGACCUUCAUUUCCUUCGUUUUUUUUAAAUAGGGAAUUCAAUAGUAAUAUAGAUCCAAAGAAAAGAGCUCAUCCAUACCAUGAGGUCAAUGUAUAA